CAUCGCCAGCGCUUCCUGUGUGCCCUAGAUGUCUUCCACCGACGCCACCGAGCCCAAGGUCGAGCAGACCAAGACUGAGGCUCCCGCUUCCGUGACUUCUUCGUCCGUCUUCUCCAUGUUUGGCGGCGGCGAGAAGAAGGAGAAGAAGGAGGACGAGGACCGGGGUGACAACUCUGGCAGCGCAAAGGCCCAGCGCGAGGCCAAGGCCGACGAGGACGAGGCCCCCGAGAGCGAAGACGUCCACUUUGAGCCCGUCGUCAAGCUGACGGAAAAGGUCGAGGUCAAGACCAACGAGGAGUCGGAGGAGCAGCUCUUCAAGAUGCGCGCCAAGCUGUUCAAGUUCGUCAAGGCGGCCAAGAAGGAGGGCGAGGAGGCGCCCGCCGCCGCCGGCGAGUGGAAGGAGCGCGGAACUGGCGACGUUAGGCUGCUCAAGCACAAGGAGACGGCAAAGGUGCGCCUGGUGAUGCGACGGGAGAAGACGCUCAAGGUCUGCGCCAACCACUACAUUGUCCCCGAGAUUUCCCUGUCCGCCAAUGUUGGCUCUGACCGAAGCUGGGUGUGGAACGCUGCCGCCGAUGUCAGCGAGGGAGAGCCCGAGGCCGUCACCCUUGCUAUUCGAUUCGCCAACUCCGACAAUGCCAACCAGUUCCGGGAUGCUUUCCUGAAGGCGCAGGCCGACAGCGCCCACCUCUUCAAGAACUCCUCCGAGGACAAGGAGGAGGAGAAGAAGAAGGAGGAAGAGGAGAAGACUGCCGCUUAGACACACACACCGCAUCAGCCGUUGGCUAAGACACGGAGAUGCCUGAACCUAACACCCCACGCCCCAUCACAUCACAACAUGACAAGAUACACAAGACGCACAAGACACGGCUCGCCAUGGAGCUCUGUACUAGGCCGAUGUAGCAGAGAACUGUCGACCUGGAGGACGGAGACUGGAGAGGCCCCCGGGGGAGUGAGCACCAAGUGGUGCAUGCCCGAGGAGAGGACGAAUAAUGGCAAUUGAUUAGUACAGCA